AUGGAGUCCAGACCAAUGGGAUGCAUGACUAGAGGGAGCAACUUCCGUUUUGGAGACGGCUUCUUCAACAAGGCCGGCGUCUUGAUGGAGACAGGACCAAGAAGACCGACCGGGAGGAAUCGCUCGAGAUUUUUAGCAUAUAUAUAGGCGUCCUAACUUCGAGUUGUUUGUGACCAAAUCGAGAGAGAGAGAGAGAGUAACUCUGCAUGGAUCCGAGACUAGAGGAAGCAGCUUAUGCGGGAGACCUCACUUUGUUGCGGCGUUUGCUACAAGAAGAUCGGAUCCUGCUCCACAGGCAAAGCAUCGCCGCGGCUCACCUGUCGGACAGCCCCCUCCACAUCGCUGCAUCGCUCGGCCACUCCGACCUGGUCCGGGAGAUCCUCGCCGUAAACCCGGAGCUCGCGCAUGGCCGCAACCGCGAAGGCCUUUCUGCCUUGCACCUGGCCGUUGCCCAAGGCCACUUAUCCGUGGUGACCGAGUUGCUGCAGUACGCAGCCGCUGCCAAUCUCUGCUUGGCGACCGACAACGAUGGCUUCAUGCCCGCCCACACUGCAGCCUUACGAGGCAAGCUUGAUGCUUUGACUGUGUUACUGGAUGCGUGCCCGGAGUCCUCGCGAGCUGUGACAUCGCAAGGUGAUUCCAUCCUUCAUCUUACUGUGAAAUCAAACAGCUUCGAGACCGUGCAGUUCUUGCUGAACAGAACGAAUGAGAACGAUGAGCUACUCAACUCUGGAGAUGCGAAAGGCAACACCGUCCUGCACCUUGCUGUGGCCAGAAAACAGCUCCAAACCGUGAAGUUGCUUCUGGGAAGGCGAGGUAUCGAAGUUAACGCCACAAACAUGAGAGGCGACACCGUCCUUGAUAUGCUACUGGAUUCACCCUUCCAACAUGGAGAUCUAUUGUUGGGAGAACUGAUUCGGGCAGCAGGUGGAAGAACCGCCGCAGAAGAAGGGAAGACUCAGCCGAAAUCGUCACCGAGUGAUGCCAGAGCCUCUGCCACUGUCGCGUCACACAGAAGCCGACCGAAUCGUUGGAACCCCUUCCGACGCCAGGCUCGACCUUCUAAGGAUGACCGCAGCCCCCGAAAUGUAUUGUCUGAACUUAAAGAAAGGUACAACAACAAACCAGCAACACUAAUGUUGGUGGCGACGUUGAUCGCCACCAUCACAUUCCAAGCUGGGCUAAACCCCCCUGGUGGGUUUAACCAGAAAGAUGAUGGUGGGCCGACUCCCCCCAAUAUGAAGGGGAGUUCAAGUGAAGGGGAGGCAGUUCUAAAAUAUGAUCUCAAGUUAUUCCUACUGUUCGACAUGUUCGGGUUGUUUGCAUCCUUGAGCAUCAUCCUCUUGUUGAUAUGUUGUGUGCCCAGACGGACUAAAAUGGCGAUGGGAAUCCUAAAGUGGAUUCUAUGGCUGGCAGUGUUCUCGACGGCAUUAGCAUUCUCGACCGCCAUUGUGCGAAUAUUUUCCCAUCAGCUCGACACUGUCAUCCUUCUCAUGAGUUGGUUCGGAAUUCUCAGUCUCUUCAUGAUGUGGGUGUGCUUUAGAGCGAUCAGAUGCUUGUUGCGCAAAGGUGGAUGCUGGAAGAAGAAAGAUGGAGAAGGAGAAAGUCAGGGAGGCCCCACAAGGGCCGUUGCCAUCCGCACGAAGAUUGUGGUGGGCGCGUUGAUGAAAAUUAUUUUUGGGGUAGUUCUUAUUGUAAAUUAUUUAGUGUUUGUUUCUAUAGCGAGAAGGUCAAUAAAAUUCUUAUAGGAUAAUAUGACCUAUCAUUGUUCGUAUAUGAUUUAAUAUUUGUCUUCUUUUAAGUUUAUUUUAUCUUAUUUUCAAAAUGUAAUUUGCUUCUCUGUAAACUUGGUCUUGUAUGUCGUGUUCUAUAUAAAAAUUAAUGGAUGUUCAUUUUAGUGUGUUUUCUA